AAUAGGUAAAGUCUAACUCGUGAACCGUAAUUAAAUUGAAGUGGUAAAAUAAUAAUCGUUUCAACAGUUAAUGCAAACCCGGGAUUGCAAACAGCUAAAAUGAGUGAAUCACAGAUGCUGGAUGUAGUCGAACUGGUCGAAAACGAAAAAAACAAAACCAACGUAAAAUGUACGCACUGCGAUUCGUUGAUUCUGAAACCGGCCACUGCUGACUAUGUAGAAAGCGAGUUCGACCUGCCCGAACCGCAGCAGAAGAGACGCCAAUCGUCGGAUCCGGUCGGUGAACCAGCGCCGUUCACCUGCGAGAAGCUGAAACACUUCUGGGUCGUCAGCGAUAUGUUCACCUUUGAGAACAUUGGUUUCUCGCACACGGUGGACAAAACCAAGUACCUGAUCUGUGCUGAUUGCGAAAUCGGCCCAGUUGGCUAUCACGAUCUCCAGACGAAACGAUGCUACAUUGCACUGCAACGGGUGAAGCAUACGGCAUGAAUCGGCGUCAUACUUUAGG